AUGGCGUGCCACAACGGGGUGGUGUUUGAAGAUUUCUUCCCGGCCAUGGUGGACAAGUUGGGAGCGGAAGGAUUCAUGAAGGAGCUCUGCAACGGCUUUCGGCUUUUGAUGGACGAAGAAAGAGGCUUGAUCACGUUUCAGAGCUUGAAACGGAACUCCGGCUUGCUGGGAUUGGAAGGUAUGAGCGACGAGGAGGUGAGGAGCAUGAUCAAAGAAGGUGAUUUGAAUGGUGAUGGGUGCUUGAAUGAGAUGGAGUUUUGUACGCUCAUGUUUAGGUUGAGUCCUGCUAUGAUGGAAAGUUCUGUAGAGUUGUUGGAGGAAGCUUUUGUUGCUGAUGAUCAUGAUCAGAUGUAGUGAUCGAUCUCUCUUCUUCUUGUAGCAAUCUCGUCGUGUACGUCCUAUCUUUUUGCUUCCAUGAUCGCCCUUAUUUUGUAAUUUCACUUAAGCUUAAUCAUUAUUAGAGACUAUCUUUUUGCUUCCCAAUAUAUAUAUGUUUGCUUUUCAUGGAGAAAAAAAAAAGGAAAAAAAUCAAA